AUGGCUACUGAGAGAUCAAUGGAGGAGGGAAUUCCACCAAAUUCUAGAGAAGAUGAUAAUGUAUUAUCAUCUGAUAACAAUUCUGCUUUAAGAAUCUCCGUUCCAUUUCUGCAGAAGAUAAUUGCAGAAAUAUUUGGCACUUACUUCAUAGUCUUUGCUGGCUGCUCUUCUGUGACUGUGAACAAGAGCACAAAUGGUACUGUUACCUUUCCAGUGAUAUGCGUCGUGUGGGGAUUGGCCGUUACUGUAAUGAUAUACUCCGUCGGCCAUAUCUCCGGAGCCCACUUCAAUCCCGCCGUCACCAUUUCCUUCGCCAGUUGCCGAAGAUUUCCAUGGAAGCAGGUACCAGUCUACAUUACAGCACAGGUGUUGGGAUCAACUCUAGCAAGUAGUACGCUUCGUAUUCUAUUUGGUGGUGGGCGAGAACUUUUUGCAGGAACAAUUCCGAAAGGCUCCAAUCUCCAAUCUUUGGUUCUGGAGUUUAUCAUCUCCUUCUACCUCAUGUUUGUCAUUUGUGGUGUUUCCACUGAUAAUAGAGCUAUUGGAGAACUUGCAGGAAUUGCUGUGGGAGCCACUGUACUGCUAAAUGUUGGCUUUGCAGGACCAAUAUCAGGAGCAUCAAUGAAUCCUGCAAGGAGUAUAGGACCAGCAAUUAUUGCGAACCGGUAUGAAUCGAUAUGGAUUUAUAUGAUUGGUCCAAUUUGUGGGAUGAUUGUCGGAGCUUGGGCUUAUAAUAUAAUCCGUUACACAAACAAGUCACCGCAUCAACUUACGAAGAAUGACUCAUUUCUUAAAGCUUAA